AUGUCCAUCAAGACGCCCAUUACAGAGCUUUUCGGCAUCCAGCACCCCAUCCUGCUCGCAGGUAUGAACGUCGCUGCUGGCCCUGAGCUCGCAGCGGCAGUCACGAAUGCGGGCGGUCUGGGUGUCAUUGGAGGAGUGGGGUACACGCCGAAGGUUCUGCGCAACCAGAUCCAUGCCAUAAAGAAGGACUUGAAGGACAAGAACGCUCCCUUCGGCGUCGACUUGCUCAUUCCUGCAGUUGGCGGUAACGCUCGCAAGACGAACUACGACUACACCAAGGGUCAACUGCCGGAGCUCAUCGACAUCAUCAUUGAGGAGAAGGCGAAACUGUUCGUAUGCGCUGUCGGUGUUCCCCCGAAGGAGGCCGUCGACAAGCUGCACUCGGCUGGUAUCCUCGUCAUGAACAUGGUGGGCCACCCCAAACACGUUGCAAAGGCGCUCGACGUUGGGUGUGAUCUCAUCUGCGCACAAGGUGGCGAGGGUGGUGGCCACACCGGCGACGUUCCCUCCUCGAUCCUCAUCCCCGCUUGCGUUGACGCGGUGAAGGGCCGCACAUCUCCUCUGACCGGCAAACCCAUCUACGUGAUCGGUGCCGGUGGUGUCUACGACGGUCGCGGACUGGCUGCCAACCUCAUGUGGGGCGCACAGGGCGUCUGGGUCGGCACACGUUUCGUCGCCUCCGAGGAGGCUGGCGCAUCUCCCGCGCACAAGAAGGCAGUUACAACCGCCGAUCAUGGUGACGCGAUCCGCACACUCAUCUACACUGGUCGCCCGCUGCGUGUACGCAAGACGCCAUACGUCGAGGACUGGGAGACCAACCGCCAGGCGGAGAUCAAGGACCUCACCAGCAAGGGUAUUCUUCCGAACGAGCACGAGAUGGAGCAGCACCCCGAGAAGCGCGUUAAGGCAGUAACCUUCCUCAUUGGUUCAGUAUCCGCCAACAUCAAUGAGGUUCUGCCCGCGAAGAAGAUCAUCGACGAUAUGGUAGCUGUCGCUGUCGAACAGCUCCAGACGCGGAGCGCUGCCAUCACGACAAAAGCUAAACUUUAG